CAAACUGAAAUCUAUAUAUGUACACAGGCGCACUCGUUGGCAAGCCACACAGAGGUCAACAAAAGCAAGAUUACUCCAAAAGAAAUGAAAGGGAGCCUCUGCCAUGAGUUGAAGAGUAGCCUGCCAGCAGCCGAGGUAUGGGAGGUCUAUGGAGGCCUCCUUUUGGGCCAGUUGAUCCCUCAAUUGCUUCCUGACGUGCUCUCGAAGGUCGAGGUUGUGGUUGGAGAUGGUGGUGUUGGAACAGUCUUGCGUCUCACCUUUCCUCCUGGAAUCCCUGGAUUGGAAUACCAGAAAGAGAAGUUCAUCAAGAUUGACAAUGAUAACUUUGUCAAGGAGGCACUGGUAAUAGAAGGAGGUCUCCUCGAUCUAGGAUUUCUGAAGUAUUUGGUACGACUAGAGAUUGUCGGAGAUGCAGAUAAGACAUGUAUAAUAAGAUCAACAGUGGAAUAUGAAGUUGAGGAUGAGCACACAGGUAACGCAUCCUUUAUCACCACCAGCACUUUCGCUCGUAUUGCUGAGGCCAUCACAAAGUACAUCAAGGCGCAGAAGGGCGAUGAGAAAGCCCCCGAGGAAACUUCGUAAGAACAAAUUAAAGCAUCCCACCAGGCCGAUGCGUAAAAUAAGUUAGAGUGACUUCAGGUGUAAUCUGUUUUACUGCUUGCAUUUGUCGUAUGUUUACAUGCUGUUGUCAUGCAUAGUGAACUCUGGAGAACAUCUAUGAUUUAGAAUACUCUCAGCGCGAUGGAGCUUAAUUUUGACUUUUAGAGACACAGUAAAUCAAUGCUGGUACAUCAAAUGCGUGCAACAAAAGAAUAAAGCUAUUUACCAUACUUUGAA